AUGAGCCAUUUGCAGAACUUACUGUUGGAUUCCCUCCUGGGCACGAAGCACGUGGACAGCGCAGCCCUCAUCAAGCUCCAGGAGCGGAGCCUGUGUGUGGCGUCACCAGGGUUUGGCAUAAUGCCCAGUGACGUCCGCAUACUGGUGAAUGGGUUCGCCAAGAAUCCUUUGCAGGCCAGAAGAGAAGGGCUGUAUUUCAUGGAAAAGGACUACAAGAGUGUCCGGGCAGAUGAUUAUUCUCUCUACGCUAAGAAUGAAAACACCGGUGUGAUUAUUGUGAAGACCAACCUGUAUCUUGUGGUGGCAACUUACACUGAGGGCAUGUAUCCUAGUGUCUGUGUGGAAGCCACGGAGAAGCUGGGAGAAUAUCUAAGAAGAAAAGGAAAUUAA